CUUUAGUGCACAGAGGGAACAUUCGGCUUCAAGAUGUCAUUUUCAUUUUGCAAAGAUUUUGGCAAGGACAAGGUCAUCUUCGUUACGAAGGAAGACCAUGCGACGCCCAGCACAAUUGAGCUGCCGGCUCCAGAGCCCGCUGAGGGCGUAAUCACAAAGGACGGCAACAUCAACUGGAGCUGUCCCUGCCUAGGCGGCAUGGCCACGGGACCGUGCGGCGUUGAUUUCCGUGAGGCAUUUAGUUGCUUCCAGUACAGCACAGCGGAUCCCAAGGGCUCCGACUGCUUCGAGGCAUUCACCAAAAUGCGCGACUGCUUCCAGCAAUAUCCCACCGUCUACAACAAGGCCAAUGGCGGCGUCGAUGACGACGAUGAUGAUCCGCUAGCUGAUGCCUUGCCCGCUGAAACUUCGACUGGAGUUCCAGCCAAGGAGGAGGCUCAGCCUGGCGACAGUGGUGCAGGUGCUAAAGAGCUGCCGACGCAGAACAGCUCGGCGGUAGAGAAGGCUCAAUAAGGGAUUAAUUAAUGCUUAUGGAUAAAUAAAACAUGCCGGAAAUCCGUUA